GUGACGCUGCCCCCGCUGCCCAAAAUGUCGGCGCCCAGAGGGAGGUAAAGAGCCCCCCUACUACAUGCCCUGCCACCAUGGAUGAUGCCCUGCUGCCAGCACCCCCGGGCCCCGUCCCGACCCCAGCACCAGCACCGCCCACAGCCACUGCCCCCCGAGUCCCAUUUCACUGCAGUGAGUGUGGCAAGAGCUUCCGCUACCGCUCAGACCUGCGGCGUCACUUCGCCAGGCACACGGCGCUCAAACCCCACGCGUGUCCACGCUGCGGCAAGGGCUUCAAGCAUAGCUUCAACCUGGCCAACCACCUGCGCUCGCACACAGGCGAGCGGCCCUACCGCUGCUCUGCCUGCCCCAAGGGGUUCCGCGACUCCACCGGCCUGCUGCACCACCAGGUCGUCCACACUGGCGAGAAGCCCUACUGCUGCCUGGUCUGUGAGCUUCGCUUCUCCUCGCGCUCCAGCCUUGGCCGACACCUCAAGCGCCAGCAUCGAGGGGUGCUCCCAUCUCCGCUGCAGCCUGGCCCGGGCCUGCCCGCCUUGAGCGCACCCUGCUCUGUCUGCUGCAACGUGGGGCCCUGCUCAGUGUGCGGGGGUGCAGGGGCCAGCAGUGGAGAGGGCCCAGAGGGGGUGGGCACAGGCCCAGGCAGCUGGGGUCUGGCCGAGGCGGCAGCUGCAGCAGCAGCCUCUUUGCCCCCAUUCGCGUGCGGUGCCUGUGCACGGCGCUUCGACCAUGGCCGCGAGCUGGCAGCCCAUUGGGCUGCGCAUACCGAUGUGAAGCCCUUCAAGUGCCCACGCUGCGAGCGUGACUUCAACGCGCCCGCGCUGCUGGAGCGACACAAGCUAACACACGACCUGCAGGGUGCUGUCGUGCCCCCUUCGCAGGCCUGGGCCCCAGGGGCCAGCGCUGGGCAAGAGAAGACCAGCGAAGUGGGUCUUGUGGAGGAGGCCGGCAACGCGCCACCAGCUUGGGACGGCGGGCUGCUUCUGGGCCCGGCGGGGGGCGGUGUGCCCGAACUAGGGGGGCUGCUCCCUGAGGGCGGCCAUGAGGCUCCUGCGCCAGCGGCAGCAGCCGAGCCAUCGGAAGACACCCUCUACCAGUGCGACUGCGGGACCUUCUUUGCGUCGGCCGCAGCCCUGGCCAGCCACCUGGAGGCGCACUCGGGCCCGGCCACCUAUGGCUGCGGGCACUGCGGGGCAUUGUACGCGGCUCUGGCCGCCCUGGAGGAGCAUCGGCGGGUCAGCCAUGGCGAGGGCGGUGGUGCAGAGGCAGCGGCGGCAGCCCCAGAACACGAGCAGUUGUCCCGGGAGCCUGCCGCAGGCUCGGGCCGCGGCAAGAAGAUCUUUGGCUGCUCUGAAUGCGAGAAGCUGUUCCGCUCGCCACGUGACCUAGAGCGGCACGUGCUCGUGCACACGGGCGAGAAGCCGUUCCCGUGCCUCGAGUGCGGCAAGUUCUUCCGCCACGAGUGCUACCUCAAGCGCCACCGGCUGCUGCAUGGCACCGAACGGCCCUUCCCCUGCCACAUCUGUGGCAAGGGCUUUAUCACCCUCAGCAACCUCUCCCGGCACCUAAAGCUGCACCGGGGCAUGGAUUGACACCGCAGGGCUGUGCCCUGACCUCCGCCCCACGUCCGGACUCGGGACAUGGGCCAGGGGACCCCAGCCCUCCAAAUCCAGACACAGGCCCUGGAAGGAGAGGAUCCUGGCUGGAGAGAAGGAGGUCGCAAAAAACCCACGGCAGGCCCCUAAGCUGGGGGACCACAAGCAAAUGCAGAGAUUCCUCAGCUUGGGGGAGGGGGAAUCCAAGGAUAUAAUAGUUGGGGGCCCCAAAUCUAGGGAGAGACUUCUGAGCCUGGGGCCCCUGGAAUAGCAGGGCAACCCCAAAUCAAUAGGUCCCUAAGACAGUGGGACCUAGGAAUGAGAAAUGUGUCUAAAUGUGUCUCCACAAGUACCUCUAAUCUUGAGGGUCCAAGUAAUGAUGAGCACCCCUCCCCCAAGGGAAGACUGCCUCCCUCCCUGAGAGCCAUCAUUCCCAAUGACCUUGAUCUGGAGAAUGUGGAGGGACCAUGUUCCUGAAUUUUCCUAGGUUCCCUCCAAAUGUUACCCACCAGUCACUGGUGCCCCCAGAAAAUGGUUAUAGCCAAUAUUUGCCUUUCCCCCAUUUCAUUCCCUAUGCUGAAAGAGGACCAGGGUAGAUACCCCCUGCCCACAACUACCCCCCAAAUUAGGUCUCCCUCCCCCACUGCAGAAUAUAAUGACCCUAAUGAUCUUCCCCACCCCCAAACACUAGAAUAGACUGGUCUGAAAUCCCCCUGCCCAGUAGGAUGGACUGAUCCACACGCACACACCCCUGUCCACAUGGAAUGGGCUGGUCCAGGUGUGGACUGCACCCCACCCUCCUUAGAGUGAAUAGGGCAGACAAGCCUCCCUCUUGCCAUAGAGUGAACUGGUCCACAUCGUUCCUCAUGAACUCCUCUUAGUGGAAGGUGAGUGGUGGACACAGGGUUCUCUUCCCCUCUACUGUAGCACCUGUCAAUCUUUCCAUCUCUGUUGGUUUGUGUUCCAACCCCAAAGGGAAGGGGGGACUUGGCUAGGUGGUUCCCGGGACGUGAGCUUCAACCUCGCCCCCUUCUCUCCCCAAUGUCUCCAGGUCCCAAAUAAACCUUGCCCUAGCAGUCA